CUUUAUUAAUUCCCAUUGGUCGUGCGGGUCCGCCUCCUCCCUCCCGUCGAGUCCCGCCGGUUCAGAACUUCAGGAGACCAGACGACCAUCCUCCACACUCAUGGGGGCGUUGGGACUGCUGCUGCUGCUGGGGCUCCUCUCCGGGGGGUCUGCAGUGAUUCACUCUCUGAGGUAUUUCGUCACGGCGUCGUCUGGCCUCUCGUCCUUCCCAGAGUUUGUGUCUGUUGGGAUGGUGGAUGAGGUUCAGUUUGUUCACUAUGACAGCGUCAGUGAGAGAGCCGUACCCAAACAGGCCUGGAUGGACCAGCUCACCAGAGACCACCCAGACUACUGGGAGGAGGAGACUGGAAGAUAUCAGGGUCAACAGCAAGUCUUCAAGGGCAACGUAGAGACGGCUAAGAAGCGCUUCAACCAGACGGGAGGUGCCCACGUGUUUCAGAUGAUGUCUGGCUGUGAGUGGAAUGAUGAGGAUGAUACUACUGAUGAUUAUCACCAGUAUGCCUACGAUGGAGAGGACUUCAUAGCGUUUGACCUGAAGACCCUGACCUGGGUCGCUCCAGUACGUCAGGCUGUCCCCUCCAAACUGAGAUGGGAUCAGGAUAGAGCUAUGAAUCAAUACAGGAAGAACUACUACACCAUGGAGUGUGUUGAUUGGCUGAAGAAGUACCUGGCCUACGGGAAGAGCACUCUGCAGAGAACAGAGCGUCCGCGGGUGUCUCUGCUCCAGAGGAGCCCCUCCUCCCCAGUGGUGUGCCAUGCUACAGGCUUCUACCCUGACAGGGUGGUGGUGUUCUGGAGGAGAGACGGCCAGGAGCUCCAUGAGCAGGUGGACCCCGGGGAGGUCCUCCCCAACCACGACGGGACCUUCCAGGUCAGCGUGGACCUGGACCUCACGGCCGUCCCACAGGAGGACUGGGGGAGGUACGAGUGUGUGGUCAAGCUGAAAGGCAUCGAGGACAUCCCCACCCCCCUGGACCCCGCCCUCAUCAGGACCAACGGGGGCAAGAGUCACCUCCUUGUUUUCAUCCUCGUUGGUGUCGCUGUUGCUGCUGUUGUUGUUGCUGCUGCUGUUGUUGGAGUCUUUGUGUACCAGAAGAGGAACAAUUCAGACAAGCGUCACAAACCAGUUGGUUCUUCUGACAGCUGCUCUGAGAACACUGAGGGGCAGAAUCCGGCUCCUGAGGCCCAACCUAUGACCAGAGAGACCCCAUCUACGUAGUUUCCUGGUACAAGAGGACCUACAGCCAUGACUGACCUCUAGUGGAGGAGAUGAGAGCAGAGGAAGACGGGGCGGAGGGCCGUAGCACCGACUUCUGGGCCCUGUGUACAAGAGGUACUGAUGUCCCCCGCCGCGCAGCGCAGUGUGCGGCUCCUACCACUAGGGGGUGGUAGAAAAUUCCAAAGAAAUUAUUAUUAUUAUGAAUUUUUUUUUUUAUCCCACAACUGUCUACCUCACAGCCGCAGUCCGACGGCCCUGCGGGGUAGGAUGGGCCUACAACUGGUGUACAGUAUUAUGUAUAAAUGUUAAUGUGUGAGAUAAUGCUUUAUAAUCUACAAUUGGUUGAUAAAGUAACUAAUGUACUGUUACUGAUAUAAACUGAUGUUAUUAUACAGCUUGUGCUGUUUUAGGUGGAUAAUGAGACUGCACCAAACAAUUAAAUAAAUGAAGAAUUUUCAAACUUUG